UGAUUUAGAUCCCGGAAGUGACAGUUCUCAUUACUCACACUCCCAUUAUAAGUAUCUAGCCUUUUUUUUAAAUCAUAUUUUUAAUAUGUCCAUGCUUCCUUCGGCUGCAGUCUUUUAUUUACCUUGGGAAGUUAACUCUGUGAGGGAAGGAGAAUCAGUGAGGACAUUUGGAAGGCUUAUCUGCUAUCAGCCCGAGGAGUCCAGAGCCACACUGUCAGCUCAGCAUGCCUCAAAAGAGCACCAUGUGUUUGUUCACACUAUGUUUGUGGAGCCCUUCAACCCAAUAAUUGGAGCCCAGUAUUUAGUUCUGGGUGAAACUGAGAAUUUUGAGGAUGCCAAGUAUCUCCCGGACAUCCGGAAGUCUCUGUCUAUCACCUUUCUGGUUCUGCUUGUCUUGCAGGAGUUGGUCUGAUGGUCCGUGCCCGUGUGCUGAACUGUGUUGACGGUGUAAACAUUGCCCUCUUGCAGAAAGCCAUCACAGAGCAAAGGAGCUUCUUCAGGGAGAGAGAGUGCAAACAGAGUGAUGCAACUUGAUCGGAGUCAUCAUUCGUCCGGUUACCAAUGCUGCUCUUUGAUUGACAGCUGCCUCCUCAGCUGUUGUGUGACUUUCUUGCUACAACUGAACUCAAGUUUCUGGACUUUAUCAGGGUCUCUUCUGUUUUCUUACAGCCCAACAGUGAAAGAAUGAUAGACUAUCAUCUGUGUCGGUUAUAUGACUUAUACUUACUUUACUUGUAUUUUUAGCCGUCUUUAUCUAUGUUGAGACAUUUUGUAAUAACAUCUUUCAGUGUUGGCCACCAUGUUGGUUGAAACUUGGUUAUAUUAUAAAAAUGCUUUUGCCAAAGGGAUAAAUGUGUCACUUUUGGUCAAAUGUUUAUGUCUGUAUUAUAUCAAUUAUAAUAAACUUUGAUAUUUUUUACAA